AUGGAAAGAAAUUCAAGUUUAUGGAAGAACCUACUAGAUGAACACCCAGUCUGUACAGCCUGGAAGCAAGAAGCUGAAGGGGCAAUUUAUCACCUUGCCAGUAUUUUAUUUGUAGUAGGUUUCAUGGGCGGAAGUGGAUUCUUCGGGCUCCUUUAUGUCUUCAGUUUGUUGGGAUUGGGUUUUCUCUGCUCAGCUGUCUGGGCUUGGGUAGAUGUCUGUGCAGCCGACAUAUUUUCCUGGAAUUUUAUACUGUUUGUCAUCUGCUUCAUGCAAUUUGUUCACAUUGCAUAUCAAGUCCGCAGCAUAACCUUUUCCCGAGAAUUCCAGGUGUUAUACAGCUCCCUUUUCCAGCCUCUGGGGAUCACUUUGCCCGUCUUCAGAACCAUUGCUUUGAGCUCUGAAGUGGUAACUCUGGAAAAAGAGCACUGUUAUGCCAUGCAGGGGAAAACGUCCAUCGAUAAACUCUCCCUGCUUGUUUCAGGAAGGAUCAGAGUGACAGUUGACGGUGAAUUUCUGCAUUACAUUUUCCCCUUUCAGUUCCUGGAUUCUCCUGAGUGGGAUUCACUGAGACCCACGGAGGAAGGCAUUUUUCAGGUAACCCUAACAGCAGAAACAGAUUGCCGAUAUGUGUCUUGGAGGAGAAAGAAAUUAUAUUUGCUCUUUGCUCAGCAUCGUUACAUUUCUCGCCUGUUUUCAGUUUUAAUUGGCAGUGACAUUGCUGAUAAACUCUAUGCCUUGAAUGACAGGGUAUAUAUAGGAAAAAGAUAUCACUGUGAUAUUCGGUUACCCAACUUCUAUCAAAUGUCAAGCCCAGAAAUACCCAGAUCACCCCUGACAGAACAUUUUAGGAAUUCCAGACUACAUUGUGAUAAAUGA